CAACAAUUACCCCUCCCAGACAUCACAAGUUGUUCAUCGCUCCAUUACUCUCAAAUUCGUGCACGGCACCUCCCCAGCUAACGCGAGGCACAACAACAGCAAUCAUGAACAUCGACCGCUCCCAGAUCCCGAUGCUGUACCCUGCACCUACCCAGCUUGAGGUCGUGCCUGGCUUCGCAAUCGGAAGCCAGGUGACGCUGAUUCUGAAGGAGUCGCUGGACAACUUCUCCAUUCGUGACAUCGACAACCAGCCCGUUCUCAGCCUCAAGAGCCGCUUCGGAUUCGCUCGGAGAAAGGAUUUCAUCGACAAUUAUGGCCAUACGGUCUUCAGCUUGAAAGAAAAGAAGUAUGCCUUCACGGGGCUGGACUCGUCCCAGCGUGAGGUCUUGACUGUGCACAGCCCAGUCGUGACGGCCGACACCAAGCUCGAUGCGACUUUCGUUAACACCUUCACGCACACCCCCGAGACGGUCACGAUCCAGGGACGAUGGCCAGGCGACAUCGUCGAGGUCUUCUGGCAUGGCCACCUUAUCGCAGUGAUCAUGAGGCGUCUGACUAAGCGCGAUAUUCUCGGACAAAACACUUACAUCUUGACGAUUGCGCCAAACGUUGACAUCUGUCUUAUGGCAGCGCUGUGUAUUUGCGUUGAUGAACGUCGCGAGGCCACUUGAUUUCGGUUUCUCAGCUCCGACUUACACCGUGUAGCCCUUGUUGUACCGCCUAUAAGUCCAUAUUUGAGAUGUCUUGCCACAGACGACCG